UGCCUCCUCCAUUCUCCAGUACAGCAAGCAGCAACUGGAAGUUUUAGCAACAAUUGCCCCGUUCUUCCAGCGCAAUCUCUGGGUCAGGACUUGCGACAGCUGGUGGCUGGGGACUUUGGCUGGACGCUUGUUCAACGCCGUCGAAUUUCUCCUCAACCCAUCGUUCGAAACCGACACGAAGGAAUUCCACUAGCGCAGCGCAGCGACCGUGGAAUCUAGCUCGCUCGUGGUUUCAUAUCACGCGACAGUGUCAAUAACAGCCGGACAUAUGUUGCACGAGGUUUCUGUCGUUCGUUUGACUGACAGCCCGCCGGUCGGGAGAACAAGCGGCGGGUUUCUGGAAUACCGGUAGACCAGAAGACGCAUAUUAGCACUGAAGUUUUAAUGAGGGUAAGUGUGGUUAAGUACGGAUAGGGCGUCGGAUUCUUAACAGGAAGGAGAUUUAACUAUGUCGAAAUAACUUACCCGAGGAUGCUGCGAAGUGGCUGGGGAAAUCAUUCGCCUUUUAUACCUGCCUUACCUGCCUUUUUAUACCUAUGUACGGCUCCAAAAACAACAGGAAACGGCACAGUACCUUAAGUAUGGACAAUAUGGAAGCUAAAGCUUGUGAAGCCCUGAAGGGAAAGCGCCAUGCACAACGGCUUCCUCUUUUUUUCAGCCUGCCUGGUCAGGGACUGGUGUGCAGAAAAUGACAUAACAGAUGGCAAACCGAAGGAUAUCUUAGUCGCCUAAAGUACCUACCUUACCUACCUGGUUGUGGAGAUACGUACCUAAGGUAGGUAAUAUCUUGCAUCUUAGAUACCAGUAUCGCUGGCGAGCCAAACUCGGUUUACCAAACCACGCACAAACUUGGUCUUGAACUGGUAUACACCCGACAAUCUACACCAGAUUAUGAUUAUUUUGCAGUACUAGUUCUAGAGCCCAAAUUUCAUGCUUUAAUACAUCUACCUACCUCGUCAGGCCACGAGAAGAACAAAAAUACACCAUGCCUACAACAGUCAAAAGAUCCAAUAACAUCAAUCAACGGGUCACAGAUACCAGCAAGGACGCCAGGAUACCCGCAGCAGCAUCCAGCCUUGAGCAGCCGGCUCUAAGCAGAGCAACCGCAGCCAGUAACACCAUGACUUUAGCGCAGGCUAGCACGCACGCCGUGGUGCGAUCCAACUCGGGUUCGGAGACCAACGUCGACAUACUGCCGCAGCACAUCGGGCGCGGACCCCACGGCAGCUUCGAGUGGGACCAUGGUAUCUCGCCGCAGAGAGGGCCGUACAAGGACGACCCCCAUGGCCACGUCAACGGCUACUUUGGCUCACCCGAGGGCGUUGGUAAUGGUGCCGCUGAGAACCGCAGGGUUUCGGUAACGUCAAAGCCUGUUGGGUGCUUGAAAAACGGCACAUCCCUAGUACAUAUCCCAUUACAGCAGACUCCAGCAAAGACAAGUCAGCAGAAUGCCCUCUCUAAGAACCACACGGAUGUCUUUUGUGGAUGUGGAGAAUCAUCAGCCUCUUCGAAUCACUGUGGUUUAGCCGGUGCCGCCCUUAAAGCUGGGAAAGAAAGCCAAGAGGCCUGAUAAUAUCUUGAGUUGAGAGCAGAGUGUUGUACAUUUAGAAUUGGAGGUUACAAUGCUGGAGACAUCUUGUCGAUUCCAUGGACUGCAACAGAGUUUGAAGUCUUAUGAGCCUAACAUUGAGCGGUAGGUGCAGG